AUGGCUUUCCCACUUCAAAAUACCACACCAAUUUCAAGGAAGAUGUUUCUGAGCUGUUCAAAAGUGGCCAAGCCCACUUUGCUUACUGGCAAGGCCUUGGUAGAAAGGAUCUGCAUCCAGUUGGGGCUGAGAAAGCUUACCCUUCUUCUCAGCUCAUUCCCUGUGAAGGCUGAGGCUAGUCCCCUCAGCGACUUUGAGGAGUUAGCAGCUGGGGAGAAGAGAAUAGCACCAAAUCUUUGCAAGCAAAGCAGGAAGAUUUGGCAAUCUGUUAGGGACUUCAGAGACCCUGAUGGGUACCUCAGCCAUGUCAAAAGCCAUUUUUUCAGCCAUGCUGUUCAUCUUCCCUCUGACACACAGUACCAUAAGGAUCAAGAAUCUUGUUGGUCUUGCUUUGAUGCCAUUGCUGUGUUUGGCAAAUAUGAGGGUGGAGAGCUUCAUUUUCCUGAGCUGGGUUAUUUCUUUCCCUCUCAUCCCAGUGACCUCUUCUUUAUCAGAGGGGCCACCUUUGAACAUGAUGCUGGGGGUUGGGAAGGUGAUGGUAGGAUGGUAUUUGCAAUGUUCUCUGACAAAGGUGUCUUCUAUCAAGACUGUGAGACUCAUCCUCAAGAUCUGGAGCCCAUAUAUGGCAAAGCCCAUUCUUCAUUCCAGGCUACACAUUGCCCCUCAUCCUCACCCAUUUCUACUUCCACAGCUUCUGGCAGCCAACCAAUAUCUAAUGACCAGAGGAAGGGGAAGACAGGAAGCAGCAGGGCAGCAAUGCAGAGGUUGAAGAGGGAGCACUCUGUCGAUGGUAGCAUGGACCAGGAAACACAGUUUGCUGCAAAAUGCAGAUGCAAACUGUAA